GUUUUAAUGCUUUACAUGUUUUAAUGUCUGUUGCUUUGUGCCAUUAAACUGGGGUUAACUUUUAUUUGUCUUGUUUGCCUUAGACCUGAUGGCGCUGAAAGAGGAGAAACAAGUGCUGAAUGAAAUGGAAGAGAAAGAUCAAUAUGAGAAUCUUCAUGAUUUCACAACUGAAAUAAAACCUUUUAGUUGCUCACAGACUGAAAAGACUUCAUCACAAGAAAAAGAUCAAAAGACAGAAACUAAAAGUUAUUUCAUCUGCCAACACUGUGGAGACAGAUUCACUCGAACAGCAAGCCUUAACAGGCACCUGAGCAUUCACAAUAAAGAGAAGGGUUACACCUGCUAUCAGUGUGAAAAGAGUUUUGAUCAACUUCAUGACCUUAAAGUCCACAUGGAAGUUCACAAAGGAAAUAAGCCAUGCAUCUGCCCACAGUGCGGAAUGAGAUUCAGACAAAAAGGACACCUUAAUAACCACAUGAGAAUUCACAAUAAAGGGAAGCAUUACCCCUGUCAACUGUGUGAAAAGAGUUUCAGUCAGCAAAAAAACCUUGAAGUUCACAUGGAAGUUCACAUGGAGAAAAAGCCGUACGCCUGCCAACAGUGUGGAAAGCAAUUCAACCGAAAAGGACAUCUUAAUAACCACAUAAGAAUUCACACUGGAGAGAAGCCUUACACAUGCAAACAAUGUGGAAAGAGUUUUGAUCAACAUGGAAACCUUAAAGUCCACAUGAGAUCUCACACUGGAGAGAAACCCUACAAAUGCCGUCAGUGUGGAAAGAGUUUCAGUCAACAUGGAAGCCUAGAAGUCCAUAUGAGAGUUCACACUGGAGAGAAGCCUUUCACUUGCAAACAGUGUGGAAAGAGUUUCAACCGAAAAGCAAACCUUAAAAUGCACUUGGUAGUUCACACUGGAGAAAGCCCUUACACCUGCGAAGUGUGUGGAAUAAGUUUCACUGUAAAAGGAAACUAUAAAAGGCACAUGGUAGUUCACACUGGAGAGAAGCCUUUCACCUGCCAGCAGUGUGGACAAAGUUUUAACCGAAAAGGAAACUUUAACAUGCACAUAAAAACUCACACGAGAGAAAGCCGUUCAAGCCGUUUUUAAGGCCUUUCUG